CAGUCUUUACUUCGGUCCCUUAAUCACUUACAGGAGACGCGAAGCUGUUUGGCAGGCCUUCUUCUGUAAAUACCAAAAACGGCUCAGCGCUCUGCCGGUUCUGCGAGGGAACUGUAUCUGUAUGAAGAUAUUAAACGAUCGACGUAUGUGUGGAAUGCGGUGGAUGUGGAGGUUGAAUGACUCUUGCAGCACGGACAUGUAAUUGGACUGAAAAAGGUCCAGAGACGCCGGCCGCGUCUAAUUAUUGAUUUCGGUUGUCAGUCUCAGCAGUCGACUCUGGCGGAUUAUGGGAAGGUUUUCGAUUGCUCGCAACAAGCAGAAGAUAAUGCCGACUAUCAGAAUCCCCUACUCACCAAGGUGGCGCUUCUGUGCACCCAUCCCGACCAGCCAUGGAAAUGGUAUCCCGUCAAUGUAGUUAAGGGCCAGAUUGCGGAGGGUAAAUACGCUUUGGUGGAGGCAAUGCUUGGCCCGCAUCCCGUCCGCGAACUGUUGCCCUCCAUUCAAAUUCGACCGCGUCUAUCGCUCGAGGCGCUCGAAAUGAGAACUCUGCAGCCCGGUCAUUUCCAAAUUAGAACAUGCAGCGCUGCCAGAAAAAACCGGCAGAAGCGGAAGCACAAUAGGCCAGCCAGAUUCCCUCGUGGGGAUGUUGAGCGGAUAUCACGUGCUUGCUUGUUGUUAUCGGGUUUGGAUGAGACUGUUCGCUACCUCCAACGGAAGCCUCAUAAGUCGCUGACAACAAGCGACGCAGUGCAACUACGGUUGGAACUGGAGAAACGGCUGACCCUGGAAGCCGACUCCGAGUUGCAGCUAACGACGAACGAAGCCGACUCGGACGGCAUCAGUCUGUCGCUGCCACCGGAACUGUUGACUGAGAUCUUCCUCUCACUGGACACCAUCGAGCGGCAGCGCUUGCGGCGUACCUGCUGUCUGUGGGAGGAGAUUCUCACGUCGCCUGUACUGGCUCAAGACGUAAGACAAGACUCAAGACAUUCGCAACCCGGCUUUUCCGGCCGGGUGGCGAAUGACUGGAGCGCGGAUUUCGCAUUGCACGGCUGCAUCAUCAAGUGCAUGACCGCCGCUACGCGAACUGUCUGUCUGCGCGACAGAAAAGUGGAACAUGAUAAUAGCAUGGAGCAGGAGCGCUGCCUGGCGGCCGGUCAGGCGAUGGUAUCAAUCUAAGAAGCGCUGGAAGCAACCGGUGCCGGUCUGCACCGGUUGAUCCUCUAUCAGCGAUCGAUAUCCAUCAAAACGUUCGAUCGCACCUUGCUGGAGCAUUUGGACAGCGUCGUCGUUCUAUAUUCCAGCUUGGCGACCUGUUGUAAGCGAGUCAUUUGGAAGGACUAUGAAUUACACUUUGAUGAUGCGCAGAUGGAAAUCCGCAUUCCCUGUGCCGUCCUCGAUUUGCGCCAUGUCGAUGCGGCACAAAUUUGGGAUUGUUUGAACAGCACCUCACUAGCAGCGAUCCGUUGGACAUGGAGGUUCUGGAGUAUGUGACCAAUGAAUUUAUUGCCAGGAAGGUAACCAAUGUCUUCGACAAGCUGGUCGAGGCAGUUCUGCUGCUGGACGCGUUCCAAAGGCCAGACCCGCAUUCCUCCGGGCGCUGUUAUCGUCAGCAGUGGUCGUUGGCAGAUCUGGACAGCUUGGAUGUGAGGAAACUGAGCAAGUUCUGUCAGUAUGCGUGGGCUGCUUUCAUUUCAAGAUUGGACUUCGUGUCUUAGACUUUGUAUCUUAGAAUGGGGUUAGCAAUUGCUGUGCAGCGUGCGGUAUGACAAUUAUUAAAUUCAAAAGGCGCAAUGGAUUCGCUUUCUUUCAGUAUGCUUUUGUCAGUUCUGUAAUACCGUUUCGCAAUAUCUGUUCUCAGUCAGUUGCAAUUAUGGGAAAUGUGAACGAUUUUCCCGCAUUUCGUGAUUGAUCUUGUACCUGAUUACUGGAGGACGCUGAA